UAGACUACCAUCUGCAACGAUAUCCUCCAAAUCAAUUCGAACGCUGUGGUAGUCAAGAGAACACAUCAAGUUCUUACACGCAGUCUUAAUUCUAUCUGGAAUUUAUUCUUUGAAAUUUUUUUGAUUUCGAUCAGCCUAUAAAUCUUAAAAGAUGCCUUUCGUCCCAGCUGAUAACCCAAAAUGCCCAAAAUGCGGUAAAUCCGUAUACGCAGCCGAAGAACGUGUUGCAGGCGGAUAUAAAUUCCACAAAUCAUGCUUCAAAUGCGGAAUGUGCAACAAAAUGUUGGACUCAACAAACUGCACAGAACAUGAAAAGGAAUUGUUCUGCAAAAACUGCCAUGGUCGUAAAUACGGUCCAAAAGGCUAUGGUUUCGGCGGUGGUGCCGGUUGCUUGUCAAUGGACUCUGGUGCCCAUCUUCAGAACCAGAAUGGCGAUGGAGGAGUUCGAAACGGUGCAUGUUUGGAACCACGAGUCAUUUUGAAGGCACCCGAAGGACAAGGUUGUCCAAGAUGCGGUGGAUGGGUAUACGCCGCCGAACAAAUGUUGGCACGCGGAAGAGGCUAUCACAGACGGUGCUUCAAAUGCUUGGUUUGCAAUCGAACAUUGGACUCAACCAUGCACUGCGACGGGCCUGAUAAAGAAAUAUAUUGUCGAGGUUGCUAUGCACAACGCUAUGGUGUCAGAGGCUAUGGUCAUAUUGGCUUCUCUUCUCUGGGCUUGAUGUCCGAUAUUAGAGAUAAAGAAUGGCAAAGUGAACUGGCUCCAAAAACAUACUCCAUCGAUACGGCCAAGAUUCAAGCUCCACCAGGACAAGGAUGCCCACGAUGCGGUGGUGUUGUGUUUGCGGCUGAGUUGGUGUUGUCAAAAGGACGCGAAUGGCAUCGCAAAUGCUUUAAAUGCAAAGACUGCACCAAGACUCUUGACUCGAUUAUCGCAUGCGAUGGACCCGACAGAGAUGUAUAUUGUAAAACUUGCUACGGAAAAAAAUGGGGACCUCAUGGUUAUGGUUUCGCAUGCGGAUCUGGUUUCCUUCAAACCGAUGGAUUGACUGAAGAACAAAUUUCGCAAUCCAAACCAUUCGCUGAUCCGGAUACAACAUCGAUUAAAGCUGCACCAGGCCAGGGUUGUCCACGUUGCGGCGGAGCUGUGUUUGCGGCUGAACAACAAUUGGCCAAAGGAUCAAUAUGGCAUCAAAAAUGCUUCAACUGUGCUGAAUGCCAUCGACCAUUAGAUUCAACACUUGCUUGCGAUGGGCCCGACCGUGAAAUCCAUUGCCGUUCAUGUUACGCCAAACUCUUUGGACCAAAAGGUUUCGGUUAUGGUCACUCACCAACUUUGGUGUCAACCAGCGGUGAAUCAACAAUUGCUUACCCUGAUGGUAGAGCGUUCGGUGGUCAAAAGGCUCCUGCUGGCUCUGGUUGUCAACGUUGUGGAUUCCCAGUUUACGAAGCUGAAAAGAUGAUUAGCAAAAAUCGUCAUUGGCACAAACGUUGCUUCUCAUGCAGCGAUUGCCAUAAAUCAUUAGACUCAACAAAUUUGUGCGAUGCACCAGAUAAUGAAAUCUACUGCCGAGGUUGUUACAAUCGUCAUUACGGUCCGAAAGGUGUUGGAUUCGGUAUGGGAGCCGGCUGCCUUACUAUGGUUUAAAUAUCGUCCAAUUCAGAAAUUCGUUUCCGUUUUCAUAAAAUAGAUCAUCUUUUUUUGUAAUUUUAUAGAAGAAUCUUUUUUUUUCAUUGAAUAAUAUAUAUUUUUAUCAAACGGUUUUCAUCUGACUCAUAAUGAACUUAUGAUUUUGUUGUUACGUGUAUGUUUUGCGCUCACUCUAUAUAAUUAUAACAGAUACAGAGACGUUUCGAAGAGAGACAAAUGAAAAAAAAAAAAAAA